CUGCGGUUUCUAUAGAAUUCAUGUUUUACCCUUUUUGUCCAUACUUGUCAGGGUGCUGAUCCCUCGGUCUUUGACAUGGCGGCCAGGCAAGAUCAAGUCUAAAUUUAUGCAACCCCACAUGGACCGUGCAGGUUAUGUACCCCUUAAACACCCAAUUAGCGUAACGCGUCUCAGCGCGACAAUUAUAUUCCGCGUUUCCCUACGUGGACCAAGCCACAGUGGUCGUGGCUACUGCUCAAGGUCGAUAUUACCUGAUAUACAAAUACAAACGCCAGGCUGGUAACUUACUGGUUCUGACAUGUUGGAUUAAUUACUCGGCUACAAUGAGUUCGAAUAAGCGCAGUCGCCCAUUGGAACAGCAGGUCAACGAUUCUUCGCCAAUGCCAAGCUCCGGCCGACUAUCUGCGAAGAGAAGGAAGGUGGGCGGCAGUGGAUCGUCGCCUUCGACGCCAAAUGCCGUGGAGGCUGUGAAGAGGACAUUGGGGAGAGCUCUCAAAUCUGUGCGCCUGAAGGAGAAUGAGCCGGUUGACGAUGACUCGAACCGGGAACAGUCCCCAACGAAGCAGCUUCUGGAAGAUGAAGCUGCCGUCGAAUCGAUGAGCCCCAAACCUACAAACGAAGCUGCAGCAGAGGAUAUACCGGUAUCCGAGCCAGGAAACCGCUCUGCAGGACGCCAGGCGCGAAAACCGAGGCGCUAUUCGACAGAGGUGGCUGAAAGGCCGGUGCUGGAACCGAAGAGCAUCUUGACACCCAGCAAGAGAGGACGGGGCAGGCCACGAAAGAGCGUCGCUUUUGAACAGACGACACCAGCGGAGGGCGAGGUGGAUCUAGGAUUUAAAGAUAUCCCCAUAGACCAGCCGCUUCCAGUGGAGACACCGACACAGCGAAAGAGAAGCACAUCUCCGAAAAAUAGCGACCCCCAAGAGCAACCCCAAGAGCUCUUACAACCCGAGGAAGCCGACACCGCAGAAGCACCACAAGAAGUUAUACCACAAAAACGAGGGAGAGGGAGACCGCGAAAAAUCCAUGACCCCAUAGAGCUCUCCCAGCCCGAAAUUGUCGUCACCGCAGACGGAGCAGAAGAAGCUGUACCGCCGAAGAGAGGGAGAGGGAGACCUCGAAAAAUCCACGAUCCCAACGAGCCCUCACAACGUGAGAAAUACACCAAAUCGCCCAAAAUACCAAUUAUUGUGGAGCCAGAUGACGAGGAGGAGACAGACGAGGAAGUUUGUGCUAUAUGUGAGAAUGGAGACUCUGAAGCCCCGAAUGAGAUUAUGUUCUGCGAUAGUUGCGAUCUAGCUGUGCACCAAGAAUGCUACAACAUUAUCACGGUUCCUGAAGGCGAAUGGUUAUGCAGCGACUGCCAACCAGAAGAUCCAGAAAUAGAGACGGCCGAUGUUCACGAAGCGGUUCCAGAAAUAGAUGCCGAAUCUAUUUUUGAGAUUGGCGGAUCAGAGCCACCAGCAAUACCAGGGCUGAAAGACCAUCUAAUGGCUAUGCAAAGGCUUUUGUUAGACAAAUUAACUGGGCGAAAGAGGCUGAAGCUGCAUGAUCUCGAUGACGAGUUCCAAAAAGUAUACCAGGUUGUUGAGCAGACAGUCACGUCAGGAGAGGGGAAUUCUAUGCUCGUCAUAGGGGCGAGAGGUUCUGGAAAGACAACUCUUGUCGAAACAGUUAUAUCAGAUCUCUCAAUUGAGCAUCGACAGAACUUCCACGUCGUUAGGCUUAAUGGGUUCACGCACACAGAUGACAAACUAGCGUUGCGGGACAUCUGGAGGCAGCUGGGCCGCGAGAUGGAAGUCGAAGAGGACCUAACUGCUAAGACCAACAAUUACGCCGAUACAUUAACUUCGUUGCUAGCUUUAUUAUCGCAUCCCACUGAGCUGUCGGAAGAUAGCGCAAACCAUAUGGCAAAGUCGGUUGUUUUCAUCCUGGACGAGUUCGAUCUCUUUGCAUCGCAUCCGCGCCAGACUUUACUCUACAAUCUGUUUGACAUUGCCCAGGCGAGGAAAGCGCCCAUAGCUGUCUUGGGCGUAACAACGAAAAUCGACGUCGUGGAGACCCUCGAAAAGAGAGUUAAAAGUCGAUUCAGCCACCGAUACGUGCAUCUGCCACUGCCGCGAAGCCUUGCAGCAUUCUGGGAGAUAUGUAAGGAAGGACUUCAAGUGGAUAUGGACGAACUCGUUGAUGGGGGAUUUGAUCCCGGAUUGCCUGGACAGGAGGAGUUCCUCGAGUACUGGGACUCGAUGAUUAACUCUCUAUAUAACGAUGAUGCACCGUACAAAGCUCAUCUACAAAGAAUAUUCUACCGAAGCAAAUCCGUCCCCGCCUUCUUCAGCACCUGCCUCCUCCCCAUCGCGAGCCUCACACCUCGCUCUCUCCCACUCACCUCGGCCUCAUUCCCCGUCCAAUCCACCCUCUCCCCCCCCGACUCGAAGCUCCACAUCCUACAAGGGCUUUCCGACCUCGACCUCACGCUCCUCAUAUGCGCCGCGCGCCUCGACGUCGUCCUCGAUACUGACACGUGCAACUUCGCAAUGGCUUACGAUGAAUACACGACUCUGACAACAAGGCAAAGGAUCCAGGCGAGCAGCAGUGGCAUUGGGGCACUCAGCGCUAGUUAUAAAGUGUGGGGCCGCGAGGUGGCUAUGGGGAGCUGGGAGACGCUGGUCGACUAUGAGCUGCUUGUUCCGGCUAGCAUGGGAGCAGGGCCGAUGGGUGGCCUUGGGGGAGGGGGUGUUGGGAGGGAAGGCAAGAUGUGGAAGGUGGAUGUUGGGUUGGAAGAGAUCGCUGGCAGUGUGGGCGGGCUUACAAGUGUCAUGACGAAGUGGUGUAAGGAGAUUUGAGCAUGUGCUUUGUCUUGAAUGGCUGUACUACCGGCAUGAUGAUAUAAUGACAAGAUAUAGACGGUGAAGAUAGAGUGCUAUACUUCGUACGCAUCGGCAUGAAUGUAAUACAAACCUUAAUGCCUGGUAAUUUGUUUGACACAGUGCCGCCGACGCUAACAGCUGCCAAAUAUAAAUUCUUCAACAGGGUCACUCAGGAACAACAAUUGGGAAGUGAGCGGUACUGUAACCGCGCAACACAAACAAUAAUACAAAAAUAUCAAUAGCCGCCCAACAUGUCUCUCAUCU